GUUUCCUCGCGGCAUUGUGGGAGUCGUGGUUUGGGGGCCGCGGGCGCGCUGGAGUCUCCGCGGCCUGGAGCUGACAGGAGACCUGACCUCGGCUCCCUGCUCAUGUGCUCGCCCCCAGAGCCCCCCAGAGAUCAGAAGUGAAGUCACAUAGGCCAGCAUGAACUGGAAGGUUCUUGAGCACGUGCCCCUGCUGCUCUACAUCUUGGCUGCAAAAACACUGAUUCUCUGCCUGGCCUUUGCCGGAGUCAAAAUCUACCAAAGGAAGAGAUUGGAAGCAAAGCAGCAAAAGCUGGAAGCUGAAAAGAAGAAGCAGUCAGAGAAGAAAGACAGCUGAAGGGCAUCGGGGUGCCGGACGUUGCAGAUGUGAAAUGAAUGGAUUUUGCAUUUUAAAUGAGAGCUUGCCUGGACUCCAUGAAGAAAGAGCUGAGAAGAAAGAAAAACUUAAUAACUGGAUGAUGUGUCAGGGGAGAAACUCCCACUAGAGCUUUAACUUAAAAUGAUGUGAAUUUUUGUACGCUUUUAAAAAGUAGUAUUUUGUUUAUUAAAAUAAAAUGCCUUUGAUAAAAGGGU